AUUGUAUUGGUAGCAAGGUUAAUAAUCACAAGUCGGUAAUUGGGUGGGUAAGAUGUCGCGGUGGAGCAAAUGUCGUGGGCAGCCGGGGUCGCGACAUUUCAACUGCUUUUUUAGCGAUGAGUGAAAAAUUACCAGUUCGUUAAAGUAAGCAAUUGCUGAAAGAUAAUGUCAGAUUAUAAGAAACAAAAAACUGAACCUUCAAUGCUUAGAAUCUGUACUCAUUCCGGUAGUUUCCAUGCCGAUGAAUCUCUUGCUGUUUACAUGGUGAGACUUUUGCCCCGUUAUAAUAAUGCUCAACUUAUAAGAUCCAGAAAUCCAACCGAUUGGGAAUCAAGCGAUUUAGUGAUUGAUGUUGGAGGAAAAUAUGACGGUGGAUCUAAAUGGUUCGAUCACCACCAACGUGAAUUUAAUGAAACUUUCAACUCGAACUUCCAAACCAAAUUAUCCUCUGCAGGUUUGAUUUAUAAACAUUUUGGUAAAGAAAUUAUCCAACACGUUUUAAAAUUAUCAAAUAAUGAAGAUAUCGAAUUAUUAUACUUAAAAGUUUAUAAAGAGUUCAUCGAAGCUUUAGAUGCCAAUGACAAUGGUAUCAACAAUUAUUCGAAAGAAGCUGAAGAAAACAAGAAAUUCAGUGAUAAAAAUAUUACUUUACCAGCCAUAAUAUCGAAACUCAAUCCAAGUUGGAACACUAAUCCAACCGAUGAAGAUUUUGAUAAGGCUUUUGAAACUAGUUCCAAGUUAAUGGGUGAUGUUUUCAUCAAUUUAUUGGAUGGCUACGGUAAAUCUUGGUUACCUGCCAGAUCAAUCGUGGAAGAUGCCUUUAAUAAUAGACUCGACGUUGACAAAUCGGGUGAAAUCUUGGUUUUGGGCCAAUUCUGCCCUUGGAAAGAGCAUUUAUAUCAAAUUGAAAAAGAAAACGAUGCUCAAGGUCUCAUCAAAUUUGUUUUAUUCAAAGAUUCUUCCGACAAAUGGAGAAUCUCAACCGUUUCGGUCACUUCUACUAGCUUUGAAUUUAGAUUGGGCUUACCAGAAGCUUGGAGAGGUAUCAGAGACGAAGAAUUAUCCAAACUCACUGGUGUCCCUGGUUGUAUUUUUGUCCAUGCUGCCGGUUUCAUUGGUGGUGCAAACUCCCAAGAAUCGGUCUUGGAACUUGCCAAAAAGUCUUUGGCCGCUGCUAAAUAAUUUUUUUAGUUAUUUAUUUACUUAGUUAUUUAUUUUACUUAGUUAUUUAUUUUACUUAGUUAUUUAUUUAUUACUAGUUC